CAGAAAGAGAGCGGGGAAAUUUGACAACCACGGACUACUGCUACAAAGUAACAUUAGUUUGGACUAGUUUUUGUACAUUGGUAAAAGUGUAGUUUGUGACAAUUUGUUUCGCGAGUUAAAAAGAGUUUAUUCAUUAAAACAUUAUCGAUAUAACCUGCCGUUUGACCCAAAAUGAGGACUUUAGAGGAGGUUCAGGCCACUCUGCAGAUCGCCAAGCUGAAAGAAGAAGAUCUACAGAAAACAAUCCACUGUCUGUCUUUUGGAGAACACGUUUCAUCUGCAGACUACUGCCUGAUGGAGUUGGACGACACAUUGUGCAAACACAUAGAGGCUGGGGAAAGUCUAGUGAUUCGAGGGGAUACUGACGAGCGUGCAGUGCUCUGUAGUGGUGACAAGACCUACGACCUAAAAAUAGCCGACACGUCCAACCUGCUGCUGUUUGUACCAGGAUGCAGAACACCAGACCAACUCACCAACAGCCAGGAGAGCUCUCAUGUGGUGCACACUCAGAUCUGGGGGUUUUGCAACAGCUACUGGGAGCUGAGGAAACAGCGUCCUAAACUGAAGAAACUGAAGAAGAUUUUAAUGGAGAAUCCUUAUGAAGGACCAGCUUUGCGGGGGCAGGAGGAGAGUACAGAAAACAGAUACACAAUGCAGGAUCUGUUGGAGAGGAUCCAGGCCAGUGAAGAGGAGCUAAAGACCCACUUGGAGACCAUCCAUGCCUGUCAGAUAGAUGGCUACUGGCGUGUGCUGGACUUCGACUACGAGAUGAAGCUGCUCGGUCAUGUGACACAGCUGGUGGAUUCUGAGUCCUGGUCCUCCAACAAGGUUCCCCUUCAAACCAGUCUGGAAGAGCUAGCUCCACUGGAGCCCAAAGAGAUGAUCGAGCACUGUUUGAACUGCUACGGGACACGCUACACUGAAAACGAUGAAGUUUUCUAUGCACUGCAUGAGGAUAAAGUGUGUCGGGGCCUGGCACUAAUGCUGCUGCAGAAUGCUGUCAAGUUCAACCUGAGGGAGUUUCAGGAGGUCUGGCAGCAGAGCGUCCCAGAGGGUAUGAGCACAAGACUGGACCAGCUAAAGAGCGUCGCCCUGGUGGACCGUAACUCCCGUCCAGAGACCAUCUGCCUGCUGCGGGUGGAGGAUCUCCCAGAGGACACCCUGGAGCGCUUCAACCACCUCUUCACACUCAGAGAGAAAUGGACAGAGGACGACAUCACGCCAUACAUACAGGACCUGUGUGGAGAGAAACAGACCACUGGAGCUCUGCUGACCAAAUAUGCCCGAUCUUCACUGCAAAAUGGGAUCAAGGUCUUUAACUCCAGAAGGCCUGUGGCUACAUGAACAUGUUCACUGUCAUGUUUAAUCAAUCUAUAUUUGAGAAUUAAUGUGGUUAUGUUUAUUCUCAGAGUGACUUUUGCAACUCUCAAAAUUAUUUUAACUCAUAAUUGUCUAUAAAAAUUCCUUGUUAGCCAUGUGAACUAUCUUGCAGCAACUUGUAAAUAAAAAAAAAAACUUCUAGAAA